UGUCCGGUCUGGCACAAGUGACAAACAAUUAAGAUAAUUUGAUAGAUUCAUUUUUUAAUUAUGAUGCUGCAGUGCUAAAACGUAGUGAUUAUAUGCUCUUUGCUGCAGUGUUAAAAGUUUUAACAUUAAAUAUCUGAGGUGUGUUUGGUCUCGAAAUUAAGUUUCAAAAUGAACGAGCCAUUCAGCUCUAACGCACCGGAACCGAAGAUGGUAGGAGUUUGGACCGAGGGAGCCCGUAUUGAGCCGAAAGAAUUCAUAAUUCCGAAGAAUUCACCAGAGUCCAGUGAUGACAUACCAACUAUACCAGACCUGGAUGACUUGCAGGAUAUUUUGGAAAAGGAGAUAACCAAACCACCUCUCUCGGAUGGCAAAGACAGCGAAACCGUGAACACCUUGGCUGCCGUAGGCGACGGAUACUCGGGCUCCGCGGAUGGCGUGGAGGCCGCGCUGGCGGCGCUGCGCGCGCGUGUACCCGUGGUCCAGUCAGCUCCUGAUGCUGUCUGGACCAUUGACUCACUACUAGCACAAUUGGCCGAGGAGGGGACUGACCAGGAAUAAGAAGUCAAUUGCAAUACUGUUUAUUCAUUCUUUGUCACCAUGGCAUGUCCUCAAGGAAAGGUAAAUCUACACACCUCAGAUUUUUAAAGUCUUGCAGAGUGCACAUAUAGCUAGAAUUGACAUGUCAUCUUUAUGUGACUUAUAAAGCAUCACCUUAUCCUUUGACAUAAUAAUUAUUUUUAACGAAAUUGGUAUCUAUUAUGUCAUCACUUAAGUUAGUCUGCAACUAGGUUAGUAAAGAUAGUUUAUUUUCCAAGUAGACAUUAGGUACAAUGCGCUGUUAUUUAAAAUAAUUAUGUGCGGAAAUUGGAAACUCAUAUAACAUAUAGUAGGUUUCAGCUUUUGAGUUCUGAGACAACAGUAUUUUUAAGAAAUAAAGAAAGCAAUGGUAUUUAGUAUGUUUUAUUUUAUUUGUUAUAAUUAAUAAUUUUCUGUCCAAUUUGUAUAAUUAAACUAGACUAAGGGAAUGAAUGUAUAAUAAAUUAAUGUUAAACCUA